AUGUCAGGUGUAUUAUAUAUCGCUAUUUAUUUUCUAUUAUUCAAAGUUAGCCUAACUUGUAUUCCCACGCAGCAGGUAGUUACAACAACUACCGUUGCGACGACAACAAUUCCGGAUGCUUGCGCGAGUUGCGGAACCAUUUAUUGUACAGGUUCAGGCAAUACAAUCGUUAUAUGUGAAGAUGAGACGUUGAUUGGGUUGACUUAUACGAACAGUGCGGAUGGUUUAGUUUGCACGUGAGUUAGCUCAACUUAUGACGGGAGAGAAUAUGUAGGAAAAUUUUAGAGCAACUGCCACGUGUUCUUCUACCGCGUCAGCUUGGUAUACGUUAACUGGACUAACACCAGAGGACACGUAUAUCCCAGGAGGGUCAAUAAGUGUGACGUGUACUGGAUCAGUUGGUGUUUGGUAUAAUGGAGCUAGUUCUAUUACCGACGCUUAUUGUGCUCUUUUCUGA